CUACAACGAACAACCUCAUCAUCACCACCACCACCUGCCAUUCGCCUCACAAUCCGCACACAGGCGCAAUCGUGGGCCCGUCGCCUCCUUCCCAUCGACCGCGUGCGGCUCUGCUCCUGCACCGCCACCACCACCACCACUCUCGGACGCGGCUGUGUUGCCGACGAGGAUGUACCACCUGAGCCGUCGCUAGCUCGGAACAGAAAACACUCCCUCGCCGCGGCAUCGUCAUCCCCGCAAAGCGCCAGCGCCCAUCCAGCCAGCAGCCUCCCCGUCCGCCCACGUCCCGCGGCGUGCUCGCACCGAUCCGAGAUGGAGCAAGCCUGGGAAGCGCUCGAGGCGUUUCCCGCGCCGCCAGCGCGCCCCGCGAAGCCUGGCAAGCAGUACGACGCGGCCAUCAAACACUACGUAUCUGCCCUCAGCAGCCUUUCCAGAGAGGCGCGGGCCGCCGUCCGUGACGUGGCCGACGAGUUCCUCGACGCACUCGACCCCGAAGUCAACUCGAUCGGCUACUUCUUCGUAUUCGACAUACUUCUCGCCGAGAACAACGAGGCCUCCGAUGAGCGGCCGCCGCUGUUGCACAAGCUCCUGGAGUUCCUCAUAUUGUUUGACCCAGUUCAGAUCCGCUACGUAAUUGGGCCGUUUCUGGCGCUGCUCGAGAGGGUCGUCAGGGGCGAUCUUUACCCGCCACUCGUUGCCGUGGAAGUAGCCACGACAGCCUUGCUCCGGAUCGACCCCGACGGCUCUACAUUCACGCCGCUUCACCACAGUCUCGCUGCCAACGCGUUCGCCACGAAUGCCGUCGAGCCGGCUCUCAGGCUUCUUGGCGCCGACAUCCUCUUCUUCCCCGGCAUGCUCAACUCCAAGGAUAGCCAGCCGUUGUGUGACCCAGACGUUCCCACCCCGGCAUUCAUGCCUUCUGCUACUGCUCGAUCCGGUCCCAUCACGAGCGCCAGAGUCCUCGAAUAUGGAUUGCUUUGUGGCAUGGCGUACAUGGAGAGGCGCGACUGGGCCAAAGCCCGCGCGGCACUGGAGCGUGUCAUCACGCAUCCGUGCAAGGAUAGGGGUGCGAGCGCGAUUAUGGUGGCAGCGCACAAGAAGUGGUUGCUCGUGGGCUUGAUGCACGAGGGAAAGGCGCCCAGUCUUCCCGCGCACACGCCGCAAGGCGCACAAAACGCGUACCAGCUCCUGAACAAGCGCUACAUCUCGUUCGCGGCCUUGUUCGACACGUCCAAUUCGGCAGCACUAAAGGAGGAAUUCGAAACCUCCCAAGACAUUUGGUCAAGCGAUAGCAACGCGGAGCUGGUAGCCGAGACCAUGACGGCGUAUCCAAAGUGGCAGAUCAUCAACCUUCGAAAAGUAUAUCUGCGGGUAUCCAUUGGCGAGGUGAGGAGCACAACGGUAGAUGCUCGCACGGGACAACGACUGCCGGAUGACCAGGCAGCUCUUGCGUUGGUACAAGACAUGAUACGGUCGAACAUGGUACAGGGGCGCAUCGAGGAGGGACCGACGGCUGGGGAGAGCUACCUGCGUUUCACCGACACAGAGAAUACGCUGUCAGAGAAGGACUUUGCCGUCGAGGUGGCCCGCAGCCACCACAGCAUUGAGCAUCUGACCGGCCUGUACCGUGUCUCCAACACGCGGCUCAGCAGCAACAAGGAUUACCUCCGGCAUGUUUCACGGGAGCAAAAGCGGUCUGAGAUGGACCGGGAAGGCGACGCCGCCGUGGAGCUGGAGCAGAUAGAGGACGAGGACCUCAUGACUGGUGUCAUGGCACACGUUUGAUGUCUCACGCUUCCCUCGUGCUUGCGAGAGGCAGGGUCGUCGUUGGAGACGCGGGCGCGGUUCAGAUGCCGAGCGCCUCGGGUUAGAGAGCUUAGGAUUGCACGAGCCGUCAUGCAUCAUGUUAAUGAAGUGACGACAUAGAAACGAGAGUAACAUGAAAUCAUAUGGAAGGGAGGUGAAGGGGGCGGUGACUGUGACCCAGGCAUUGACACGCGACCACCCGCUACCCGUGGGCUGGCAGCUAG